CACUCAUCCACAACCACAGCACCGCCACUAGUCCACCACCGUCACAGCCGCACCUUCGCUACACUUCUACUCAGCUUCAAUAUACAAUUGAAGAAGAACCCAUAUGUGUAGAUAUAAUCAAUUGCAUUAAGAGCGAACCUUGGGAUGUUUCACUCAUGGGUUCGAGCCCUUUCGCCCCGAAAGAGCCUCCGUGGCUUUUCUCUCCUCUCUGGUACUACUACUACUACUCUGCCCAACCAUGUCAAUAGUUCAAUUCCCAGAUUCUUCAGAGACACGGCACCUUUGAAGAACACCACUGCACACUCUGGCGAUAUCAGAUAUGGAUCUUUGUCCAAUGGCUUUGUUAUAAAUGGCAUUGGAAGAACACAUUCGGGGUUAAAUUCGUGCAAGUUAACCUCACACUGGUGUCAUUUUAACACCGGUGGUGGAUUUUGCACGGUGUCAACCCAAGCAACUGAGGAUGCAUUAUUGGGUGUCUCUGGUCCUUGCAAUGAUGUAAGAGGUGAUUCAGAAGAAUACCAUGUUGAUUUUGAAGAUGCCGCUAUUAUUGAUAAACCAAAAGAAAGAGAUAAUAGUAAGAAGUCGGUUGAUUUCACAAAGGUUGAUCUCAGCUUGCUUCCAACUGUAGUUCUUAUUGGGCGCCCAAAUGUAGGCAAGUCAGCGCUGUUUAAUCGUUUAAUACGACGGAGAGAGGCUCUUGUGUACAAUACUCCUACUGACCAUGUUACACGGGACAUACGAGAAGGGAUUGCCAAAUUGAGUGAUUUACGAUUUAGGGUGUUGGAUUCGGCUGGCUUAGAAGCGGAGGCAUCUUCUGGUUCUGUUCUCAGAAGAACUGCAGAAAUGACUGGAAAUGUGCUGGCAAGGUCUCAAUUUGCUCUCUUCCUCAUUGAUGCAAGAGAUGGGCUGCAGCCUAUGGAUUUGGAUGUCGGAAAAUGGUUGCGCAAGCAUGCACCUGGAAUCAAGACUAUUGUAGUGAUGAAUAAAUCUGAAUCACUUGAUGAUGGUGCUGGAUCUCUUGCUGCUGCUGGUGGCGAAGCCCAUAUGUUAGGAUUUGGGGAUCCUAUUGCUCUAUCUGCUGAGACUGGAUUGGGUAUGACAGAACUUUAUGAAGUUCUAAGGCCUUUACUUGAGGACUAUAUUCUCAAGGUCUUAAAUGAUGAAAGUAAUCAGGAGGAUAGCAACUGUGAGGAUGAGGAAUCUAAGUUGCCAUUACAAUUGGCGAUUGUAGGACGGCCCAAUGUUGGGAAGUCAACCUUGCUAAACACGCUAUUACAAGAAGAUCGCGUUCUGGUUGGGCCAGAAGCUGGCUUGACGAGAGAUUCAGUUAGAGCUCAGUUUCAAUAUCGAGGGAGAACUAUAUAUUUGGUUGACACUGCAGGUUGGCUGGAAAGGACAAAGCAAGACAAAGGACCGGCUUCCUUGAGCAUUGUGCAAUCAAGAAAAAACCUUAUGAGGGCUCAUGUAGUUGCUUUGGUUCUUGAUGCCGAAGAGAUUGCAAAAGCUAGGAGGAGCAUGAACCAUGCUGAAGUUGUCAUAGCAAGAAGAGCAGUGGAAGAAGGCCGUGGUUUGGUUGUGAUUGUGAACAAGAUGGAUCUUCUAAAAGGGAAAUUACAAGAGAAUGUUGUCAAUGCUGUUCCUGAAGAAGUGCAGACUGUUUUGCCCCAGGUGACGGGAAUACCAGUUAUUUUUGUUUCUGCAUUGGAGGGAAGGGGUCGAACAGCUAUGAUGCAUCAGGUACUAAGUACCUAUGAUAAAUGGUGUUUAAGGUUGCCGACUGCUCGUCUUAACCGUUGGCUGCGCAAGGUUAUGAGCAGGCAUUCUUGGAAAGAUCAGGCUGCUCAACCAAAAAUCAAAUAUUUCACUCAAGUGAAGGCGCGGCCACCGACUUUUGUUGCCUUUACGAGUGGAAAGACGCAACUCGCAGAAACAGACCUAAGGUUCUUAACAAAGUCUUUGAAGGAAGACUUUGAUUUGGGUGGGAUUCCGGUUCGGAUCAUGCAGCGGUCUGUUGUGAAAAAUUCCAGGGGUAGCAACAGCAGCAGUAGUAGCAGCAAGACUAGCCAAUUUGCUGGAAGAGUGGCUGAAAGGAUCGCAUCCGACAAGAGAAGUGUCCUCAAUUAAGAACCAAACAGCACUUACUCGAAAGGAUGCCGAUGCAAAUUUUGUUUUUUUUUGUUUUGUUUUUGUGUUAAUUUAUUUCUUUGUGAUGUAUAGCCUAGUCUGAUGCUGAGAUUGAGCAUUAGGUUUCGUCCCAGUUUAUGCACAUUUUUUUUUGAAGUAUUUUCGCUUUAUUUUCCUGUAUUAAUAUACUCGAGCUUUGAGAAGCAAAUCCUCUAAGAAAAUGUAUAAAAAAAAAAAAAGGGACGACAGUGCACCAGGUGGGUGGGGUUCAUGCUGUCUUUGUAUUUUUGGGUCUUGAACCCUGAUAAUAGUUUGAUAUGAUAGCCAUUAUUCAACUUUAUUGCAA